AUGACUACGCGCAAUAUACUUGUCCUUGGAAGUUUAAACAUGGAUUUGGUUAUGCAAACCAAAUUCUGUCCUGCAGGAGGUCAGACAAUGCAUGGUGAACCAGAUGGUUUUCAUACUGGCGCUGGUGGUAAAGGAGCAAAUCAAGCAGUCGCAGUAGCUCGGUUAUCAAACCCUUCUGACACAAGAGUUUGCAUGACUGGAUGUGUCGGUGAGGAUGUCUUUGGCCAGGAUAUGUUACGAGGUCUUAAGCAAGACAAUGUAGAUGUUGGGGCUAUCAAAAUCAUCCCUAAUAAAUCAUCCGGUGUUGCAAUGAUUAUCGUGGAAUCCAACGGUGAAAACAGAAUCUUAUUGUCUGAGGGAGCGAAUAGCUGCGUCGAUAUUUCCUUUGUGGAGGCGUUAGAAGAAAAAAUUCAACACAGCGACCUUUUAAUCUUACAACUUGAAAUCCCACUUCCUUCUGUUCAGAAAGCAGUUGAGCUGGCUCACAAACACCAGGUUGAUGUUUUACUAAAUCCCGCUCCUGCCAUUUCUUUAUCUGCUGAGCUUUUGCAACAUGUCAGUUAUUUGGUCCCCAAUGAACACGAAGCAGCUGUUUUAUUAGGAUGCCCAGAAACUCCACCGACAGUUCAAAAUGCUGAAGUAUACGCUGACAAGCUUCUAGCUAUGGGCAUUCGCAAAGCGGUCAUUAUUACCUUAGGAAGUGAGGGUGCCUUUUACAAAACCAAAACGGGAGAAAGUGCCCAUAUACCCGCCAGAAAAGUCCAAGCCAUAGAUACUACAGCUGCUGGUGAUACGUUUAUUGGUGCUUUCUCAACCUCAAUCUCUCAUGACAGACCCUUGAAGGAAUCCCUUCAAUUUGCAGCUCAAAGCAGCGCAAUUACAGUACAAAGGAAGGGAGCAGCCAAUUCGAUUCCUACGUACACGGACAUUCAAAACAUUCUACGAUAG